AUGGCUUUCCUACCACUAUUGAACGCUGAAACUUCAGAACCCUUUGUUAUUCCUCACUUGUCCCCUGUGACGCCACAGGCCUCGAGGAAGAACUCAGACGCGUACUGCACCCAAUUGGACGCCCUGGACACCGCGCUGGCCAUCAACGCCGCCCUGGGCAAGAACAUGGAACUCGUGGAGGCCAACACGGCCUCUGCUGUCGGCGAUGCUCCCGCAAGAGGCAGAAAAGGUUCUUUGACGUUGCUGUGA